ACUUCCGAGGCGGCGCCUGCGGGAGAUUCGCCGCCGGCCGCCGGGGCGGAAGCAGCGCCGCGGACCACCUGCCGCCCCGACCGGUAACCUGUGCACCUGCGCCGCCCGCCGCGGAGGAGCCUAGAGGGGCCUGGGCCUCGGCCCCCAGGUGGCCCGGAGCCAGCCUGGAGCAGUGACGCGCAGGAGCUGCCUGCGGCUGGGGGGAAGGGAGGAAGGAGAGAAACAAAGGCGAGUGCGCCUGGCACCGCCCACCAUGUGUCAGUCAGAGGCUCGCCGAGGACCGGAGCUCCGCGCGGCGAAAUGGUGAGAUGCUGCCAGCCGCACCCUAACCCCGCGGUGCCCCGCGUGGACCUCCGGAAGGUCAGAGUGCACAUCCAACGGCCCCGAGGUGGCGGUGGAGCCGGCAGCCGGGGGCCAGGGGAUCAGCCCCCGCGGCUGGAGGGGCCCGGCCCCGGGGGCCUGAGCCGGAGAGCCCGUUUCAGGUUGCACUUCCCCCAGCUGGCCCUGAGGCGGAGGCUGGGACAGUUGAGCUGCAUGUCCAGACCUGCCCUGAAACUGCGCUCGUGGCCCCUGACCGUGCUCUACUACCUCCUGCCCCUGGGCGCCCUCCGCCCGCUCAGCCGGGUGGGAUGGAGGCCCGUGAGCCGGGUGGCGUUGUACAAGUCAGUACCAACUCGCCUGCUGUCCCGGGCCUGGGGCCGCCUCAACCAGGUGGAGCUGCCGUACUGGCUGCGGCGGCCCGUCUACAGCCUGUACAUCUGGACCUUUGGGGUGAACAUGAAGGAGGCCGCCGUGGAGGACCUACACCACUACCGCAACCUUAGCGAGUUCUUCCGGCGCAAGCUGAAGCCGCAGGCCCGGCCCGUGUGUGGGCUGCACAGUGUGAUCAGCCCUUCGGAUGGCAAGAUCCUCAACUUCGGGCAGGUGAAGAACAGUGAGGUGGAGCAGGUAAAGGGGGUCACCUACUCCCUGGAGUCGUUCCUGGGCCCGCGCACUUCCUCCGACGACCUGCCCUUCCCGCCAGCUACCUCCUGCGACUCCUUCAGGAGCCAGCUGGUGACCCGAGAAGGGAACGAGCUGUACCACUGCGUUAUCUACCUGGCCCCCGGCGACUACCACUGCUUCCACUCCCCCACCGACUGGACCGUGUCCCACCGGCGCCACUUCCCAGGCUCCCUGAUGUCCGUGAACCCUGGCAUGGCUCGCUGGAUCAAAGAGCUCUUCUGCCACAACGAGCGGGUGGUGCUGACAGGCGACUGGAAGCACGGCUUCUUCUCGCUCACAGCCGUGGGUGCCACCAACGUGGGCUCCAUCCGAAUCUACUUCGACCAGGACCUGCACACGAACAGCCCGCGCUACAGCAAGGGAUCCUACAACGACUUCAGCUUCGUGAGCCACGCCAACAAGACGGGCAUCCCCAUGCGCAAGGGCGAGCACCUGGGCGAGUUCAACCUGGGCUCCACCAUCGUGCUCAUCUUUGAGGCCCCCAAGGACUUCGACUUUAAGCUGCAAGCAGGACAGAAAAUCCGGUUUGGGGAGGCUCUGGGCUCCCUCUAGAACCUCUUCCCUGGCUGCGGUGGCUGGGGGAGCUUGGCCAGAGGAGUGGGAGGGGUUUCCUGAGGGGAACACGACCCGGCGAGGCCUGGGUCACUCCUUCCUGCUGUCCCAGAGGUGCAGACAAGGAGGUGGUCAGAGCCCCACCUUGUCCUGGACCUCUGUCACCCCCUCUUCCCGUCCUAGAGAAAGGGAGGCUGGGGUGACUUCAGAAUCCAUUUGGAGACAUUUUUAACGUGUUGUAUAAAGCGCAUCUUGUGGCGGAGUGCCCAGUGGGUCUUGAUUUCUGUUGCAGGCGGGAAGCGGUGUUUGUCUUCCCACUGCUCCUCCCAUCACUGCUUCUGGCCUUGCCUCUGCCACCUUCCGACGCUAACUGUGAAACCGCCUCCCCCGCUGGCCACAGCCUUUACUGCAACCACCCUGUUCCCGGGCUGCCAGUGCGCGCCUCGGAGCAGAGCACCCCAUCUUUCUCGUCCGUGUGACGGCCCAUCUCCUCCCCUCCUGGGGUGACGAUAAACAACGUGGAUGUCGGCAGGCCCUGAUGCGUUCUUUGCUGGAGCCGGCGCAUCUGACCAAUGACCAGGGCCCCUGAGGCUGUCCAGAGGGCAAGGGGCAGGCAGGGAAUGGUGGCCCCGGGGGAAAGAGCUGGAAUGUGGAAAACGCUGCUAUUGAUUCAGGGGCUCAGGCAGGAGACAGGAGCCAUGUAGGAGGCCAGUGCCUAGAAAAUCUGUUCCCAGCACACAGGCAUGCAGUCCUGGGGGGCUACUGAUUGUGGGGACAGGGCCAGAUUUCAUGCUUCCUGGGGACGCUGUGAAUUUCUCCUGCAGGAGAAGCCAUUUGAACUUUUUCAACUGUAUCAGUAGCACAGUAUUUUUGUACGAAAAGUGGGAGACUUCUGAACAGUGAUUCAUUUAAUUGCAACAUUUUGAAAUAAAAGAAAAAACC